AUGCCUGUGGCCCGUAGCCUCCGCUCUCGAGGCACCAUGAAUGAGAACGACGAGAACGGGCCUUCUACGCGUAUGACGCGGGCCAAGGCCGCCCUCAACACUGACGGUCCUGCCGAUGCUGUCAAGAAGCCUCUGCAGACCAAGCGUACUACGACUACCAGCGGUGCUCAGCGUCCCCGUGCCGCUCUCGGAGAUGUCAGCAAUGUCAACAAGGCCGAUGCUGCGGAAAUCAAGGGUGCAAAGAAAGCUGUUGGUGGCAAGGCCGGUCUGACCUCCAAGGCAACCACCCAAACUGGCGGCGUUCAGAAGCUCAGCCGCACCAACUCAUCACGCACUACUGCUCUCCAGCCUCGCGAUCCCAACCCAAAGAAGCCUGCCAACAAGCGUCCCCCCAAGGCCGAGAACGGCGAGCAGCAGGAGCCUCCCCGCAAGAAGGAGAAGAUCGAGGUUGAGAAGGGGAUCAAGGAGAAGGUUGAGAAGGGGAUCAAGGAGAAGCUUGUUGAAGUGGUUGGGCAGGAUGUUGGCUUGGGACCCGAUGUUGUCGACCUGGAUACUGAGGACCUCGAUGACCCAUUGAUGGCUGCGGAAUAUGUGGUGGAGAUCUUCGACUAUUUGCGCGACCUUGAGAUGAUUACCCUGCCCAACCCCGACUACAUCGAGCACCAACCCGAUCUGGAGUGGAAGAUGCGCGGCAUCCUUGUCGACUGGUUGAUCGAGGUUCACACCCGCUUCCGCUUGCUUCCCGAGACUCUGUUCCUCGCUGUCAACAUUAUUGAUCGUUUCCUGUCGGCCGAGGUCGUCGCCCUGGAUCGUCUUCAGCUUGUCGGUGUCACUGCGAUGUUCAUUGCCUCCAAGUAUGAGGAGGUUCUGUCCCCUCACGUUGCCAACUUCAGCCACGUCGCCGAUGAGACUUUCUCCGACAAGGAGAUUCUUGAUGCCGAGCGACACGUCCUCGCGACCCUCGAGUACAACAUGAGCUUCCCCAACCCUAUGAACUUCCUGCGUCGCAUCUCCAAGGCGGAUAACUACGACAUUCAGACCCGUACCCUGGGCAAGUAUCUCAUGGAGAUCAGCCUGCUCGACCACCGUUUCAUGAGCUACCCCCAGAGCCACAUUGCUGCCGCGGCCAUGUACCUGGCACGUCUCAUUUUGGAGCGUGGACCUUGGGAUGCCACUUUGGCCCAUUACGCCGGAUACACCGAGAAGGAGAUCGAUCCAGUCUUCCGCCUGAUGAUUGACUACCUCCACCGGCCUGUCUCCCAUGAGGCUUUCUUCAAGAAGUAUGCCAGCAAGAAGUUCUUGAAGGCCUCCAUCCUGACCCGUCAGUGGGCCAAGAAGUAUCACCACAUGUACAUCGAGAGCUCCACCGCGGAGCCGUACACUUUCAUCAAGGACAGCGAACAGUAA